UGUUCUGGAAUUAAACGAAGGCUUCUGUUGUGGGAAAAUUAGGUGUGGCUGAAGUUUUGGGGAAGGCGAAUCUGUUUACAGCUUGUAACCAUAGCCAGAAGAAGAAUCAAGAAUUUUCUAGGUAAUUUCUGGAUUUUGUUUAAAAAAGAAUAGUUUUCCUUCCUUGAAGGUGAAAUCCCAGGCUUUGAGGAGUGGUUUUAAUGGACAAGGAGUGGUUUUUUUAGAGAAGAAAAGUGCGAUUGAUACAAGGUUUCGUCAAGUCCCCAUUAAAGCACAGAUGCAAACUGGCCUUAUUGGUAAAACCCAGAAGUGGUGGGAGAAGAGAGUGCUACCAAAUAUGAAAGAAGUGACAUCUGCACAAGAUUUGGUGGACUCUCUUUUGAAUGCUGUGGAUAAACUUGUUAUAGUAGAUUUCUUCUCACCUGGUUGUCGUGGCUGCAAGGCUCUUCAUCCCAAGAUUUGCCAAUUGGCUGAGAUGAACCCAGAUGUGCAGUUCCUUCACGUGAAGUAUGAGGAGCAUAAAUCCAUGUGUUAUAGCCUUAAUGUACAUGUGUUGCCUUUCUUUAGGUUCUAUAGAGGAGCUCAGGGGCGUUUAUGUAGCUUUAGCUGCACCAAUGCUACGAUCAAGAAAUUCGAAGAUGCAUUGGCCAAGCACAUACCGGACCGAUGCAGCCUAUCGCAGACAAAAGGUCUUGAUGAGAAGGAACUUCUGGCAUUAGCUGCCAACAAAGACCUUUCCUUCAACUACUCACCGAAUCCAGUUCAACCAGCAGAAGAGGUCACGGUAUCGAAACCAGUACCCAUGGUAUCUUUCGAGCUGAAAGAAAGCGAGGAAAAGACCUUGGUUGGUGCUGGGAGAUGAAAUGUGGUUUGAUUUUUUUGCCAACCCCAUUCCACUCCCUAUCGUCACUGUUCAAUUACAAUAGUACCAUCUUCCUGUUCAUGUACUAGUGUUGAGUGUUGAUGUUUCAAAUGAGAAACAUAGUAAAGUUGUGCAGGCUUUUGGAUUUAGAUUUUUUUGGGAUCCCAGUCUGCUAGAGGAGCAACUAAGUAUGUAUAUUUUAGGUUGGUUGUCAUUAAGGAGAAAAAAAGAGUGUUACUUAUAAGAAUCAUGCUCUAUUGUAUGG